ACUAUUAAGCAAUUAAGCAUUAAGUCUCGGAGGCUGAAAACAUUGUAGGCCUAGGUUAAUCGUACAGAGGCUGGACGCUUCCAGAAUUAGGCCUAGGUUAACUGAGAAGGCAGUGAGCCUCCAGACAACAAUUGAGCCAGGCAUAUAAACGUUUCUUUUACAGGGUAGUAAUGUUCAGGUUGUGUAGUAGUGCGAACAAAACAUUUUGGGUACCAGGCAGGCCAGAUCCAGAGUAACAAGCUUCCUUUUCUUCUCUUCCAGUUGUGCCUUCGUGCUGCAGUGCCUUGACCCAACCGCAGAAAAUGAUGGGGUUCCAGGAGGAGUGGGAGCAACUGGACCCUUCUCAGAGGAUUCUCUACAUGGAUGUAAUGCUGGAGAACUACAGCAACUUACUUUCAGUGGAAGUGUGGAAGGCUGACGACCAGGUGGAGAAGGAUCCCAGAGACCCUGAGAAGCAGAUGAGGCCACUUAAAACCCUCAAGAACCAACCACCAACUGAAGAAAGAGGCAGUCUCUUUGGAAAGACAUUAAAUCUGAACACAGACUUUGUUUCAUUAACACAGGUUCCCUAUAAAUAUGAUUUAUAUGAAAAAACUUUGAAAUACAAUUCAGACUUACUUAGCAGUAGAAGCUGUGUAAGAAAAAAAGCUGAUGAAUGCAAUGGAUUUGGGAAAACACUUCUGUAUCUGAAGCAAGAGAAGCCCCAUGCUGGAGGAGAAUAUUCAGAAUAUAAUGGAAACGGAAAGGCUCUCAGCCAUAAAGAAGUCAUCUUUAAACAUCAGAAAAUUAAGAACCUGGUUCAGCCUUUUGUCUGUAAUUACUGUGACAAGGCCUUCUCCUUCAAGUCACUCCUCAUUAGUCAUAAGAGGAUACACACAGGAGAAAAACCCUAUGAAUGUAAUGUGUGCAAGAAAACCUUCUCCCAUAAGGCAAACCUCAUCAAACAUCAGAGAAUUCACACCGGAGAGAAACCCUUUGAAUGUCCUGAGUGUGGAAAAGCAUUUACCCACCAGUCAAACCUUAUUGUGCACCAGAGAGCACAUAUGGAGAAGAAACCCUAUGAAUGCAAUGAAUGUGGAAAGACAUUUGCUCAGAAGUUUGAGCUCACUACACACCAGAGAAUUCAUACAGGAGAGCGACCCUAUGAGUGCAACGAAUGUGCAAAAACCUUCUUUAAGAAGUCAAACCUCAUUAUACAUCAGAAAAUUCACACGGGGGAGAAACGCUACGAGUGCAGUGAGUGUGGAAAAUCAUUUAUCCAGAACUCGCAGCUCAUCAUCCACAUGAGAACUCAUACUGGGGAAAAGCCCUAUGAAUGCACUGAAUGCGGCAAAACGUUCAGCCAGAGGUCAACUCUUCGGUUACAUUUGCGGAUCCACACGGGAGAGAAGCCCUACGAGUGUGCCGAGUGCGGGAAAGCCUUCAGCAGAAAGUCCCGGCUCAGCGUCCACCAGAGGCUCCACACAGGCUAGGUCCUGAGGCUGCAGCCAGACUGCACUGUGGAAAACCCACCACACCAGAGUUCUUUCAGGGAGAGCGAGCCCUCAGGCUAAAGGAACUUGGGAAAUCAUAUUGAGAUGUAACCUAACUCAAAAACUUCAGAAAAAAGGAUACGGCAACAAAUAUACUGAAAGUUCUAAUAUCCAGCUAAAGCGCACAUGUUCUUGUGUAUGUAUUUCAGUAUCUAUCUCUCCAUAUUCAGCUGUAAAUACGCAUACCCAGCUCGAUUUCCAUGAGCUGCUUUGGCUUUUUGUGCUGCUGGGGACCAAAUCUAGGGUCUCACCUGUGCUAGCCAAGUUUGUUGAUUUUUGUUUUGUUUUUGUGGUUUUUUUCCCCCCACUGAUCUACACCCCUAGUCCACAGUUUCAGAGGAAAUAGAAAACAUAUAUGGACAGUACCUUAGAGAUUUGUAUGUAAGGGUAUGCCACCAAACACGAAUUGUUUUAAAUCCGUUAUGUAAGUUUAAUAGCUCCUGGGAAUUUAAACUACCAUAGAUGAGAAUUUCAAUCACAGCAGACAAGGUUUCCCAUACUCAGCCCCAUGUGUGUCUCUGCACCUUUCAACCCAGUGUGCAUCUAAAGGAAAGACGUGAUGGACCUUAAAGUAGCCUAUUUCCCUCUGCAGCUGGCUCGCACAAGUUGCUGUGACAGUGUUACUGCGCUGAAGAAAAAGCAGUACUGCUGGAGUUUUAGCCUGGUUCUGGGUUAUGCAUAUGCAAAGGUCUGAGAUAAGUGAGGUCUAGAGAGUAAAAGGAGGCAGGUGUGAACUCUACAGAACAGAAUUGUGCUGUACAGGGCAUGUCCUCAUCUGUCAUGCUCUUGUUCUUUCUCCCUGAAGCGUUUACAAGUGCAUGUCUGUUUCCAAAAUACUGUGUGCUCAGAAAACUAUUUUUGAAUGUUUCUGUCUUCCUCUUAAUGCUUUAUGAAUUGUCAAAAAAAAAAUGGGUAGGGGGUCCUGUUCGCUCAGAAAUGUUACAUCUCAGAGACUUCAAAGAAAAAAAGAAUUGUCAAGA